AAAUCGAAAAUUAGUACGAAUAAGGUAGGUGACCUUUCGAAGUAAGAAAGUGUACAUUUUAAGUUUUGAGUUUAGAUUGAAGGGAAGAAUGAGAGUUUUGAGAAGACAUUACGUAAUAGGAACAGGUAAUAAGAAAAAUAACACAGUUAAAUAAGAAUCAAGUUCUCAAAAGGUUUCUUCUUUCGAUUGCGUGAACCCGUAGACCUCUUUUAAUACCCCUGUUGUUUGCMCAUCAGAUCACGCGAUUUAAYGAGAGGUGGCGGCGGCUUUCAUGCAUAAAUGUAUAAAACGGUAGACAAAAAAAAUACCCAUGUUAUGUAGUCCGAAAUAGACAUUUUGUACAAUCCAAUCAUUAGUUCUGCGACAAUAAGGGAAUAUAUUUGUACAUAAAUAUUAUAAAUUAUUGAUUUUCAAACRUUGCGUGGAUAGCGUAUGAUUCAUUCUCAUUAUCGCUCGAAUAAUUGUCGCCGAAUGCAAAUGUAGACAUUAGAUCUCUCGGUUAACUUAGACUGAUGUUUGAAAAAAAUAUAUCAUGAGUCGUCYAGAAGUGUUCUGCAGUUUGUUUCCAUUGGAAACGCUCAGGAUAACCUAUUCUGAAAACCACCAGUAUCACGAUAACAGAAACUAGCUAAUAAACGUUGCGUGCUUUGCUUACAAGCUCGUUUCACUUGGAAACUCACGAGAAGAGUGCUGGCUUAAUUGAAUACGAGGUUAGAUUGAAGGGCUAACCAAAUAGAAAUCCCAAUUAAUUGGUAGUUUAAUGCCUAAGAUUUCUUUCUUUCGAGUUUAUCUAUUAUUAUUGUACUAAAUUUACUCUAACACUUGGUAUGAAUGAAAUGUUGUUGUUUUUGUUGUAGUUGUUGUUGUUGCAUAAUAGUUUGCGUAACUACUGGAUGGUGGCACGAGACUGCAUGUGCAGCACUGGACAUUUUAGCUUCAAAAAUAUUGUAGUAUAUAUAUUGCGAUAAGCGUGCAAGCUCAUUGUUUUGCUACUGGAUAUUCACUUGCGGCACCACGUAGCCAAAGAGCGGGAUUUUUAUAMAUUUUCUUACCAUUACUUCCAUGGUGGGUUACGUAACUCAUUAUAAGUUMAUCAAACUUGCACGUGUAUCACGAGCUUCACGUGGAUCAGGAAAAAUKUUUGCUUCAUCUUCACCGCUAUAAAUUGCCAUAAGCGUGCAAGCUUGUGACAAUUGCCACUUGGUAAUCAAGAACGACACAGRACGCAGUAAAAGAAAAAUAGAAAGUGCUUUUCAGAAUGGGUUCUCCCGAGGUUUUCCAAUGGAAAGGAACUGAAGAACAUUUCAUAAAGUGUUUCGAAUUAUUUCGUCAGAGAUCAGGAGAGGUUCGCGAGAUUAUUAACUCACUCCGCUCCAGUAUUCCAUCGGCGUUSGAAAGCAUCCUUGAUGAGACAAACCCUAAAGGUGGAGUCAACAUUUUGAGUAUUGGUAGUGGAGACGGAGACAUGGAYAUAGAAAUACUGAAGAUUGUCAAUGAAGAAAUGCGAARGAAUCGUCCAAGUCAUGCACUCAAAAUAUUCAACCAAGCUGUAGARCCAAAUGUGCACGCCUUGAACCAGUACAAGAAUACAGUAGCCACACGYCUACCAAAGGAAUUAAGCAAUGCGUCAAUAAUGUUUGAUAUCGACCGGCCUAGAACAUUUGAGGAGUACGUGGCGAAUAUCAAAGAGACUGUGGAGUUUGAUAUCAUUCAUUUUAUUCACUCCAUUUAUCAUAUCACAGACGUAGAGAAAGCUCUGAAACACUGUUACGAGAAAGAAUUGGGUAAUCGAGGUGCCAUAGUCUUGAUAUUGAUCGGAAAAGAUGACACCUUUGAAGUUUUAAAACAGCGCAUGUGCGGUAUUAGCCAUGUGGGUAACGAGAUCGUCGACGCUGCACGAAAAAAUGGAUGGUGUCACGAGGUCUACCGCCAAGAAACAUCCAUUGAUGUAACAGAUGUAUUCGACGAAGAAUCAAUCGAMGGAAACAUGCUGCUCGACUUCAUUGCUCAUACGCAGAAUUUUCGCUUCAAUGGUCACCCUGACAACGUCAACAUAGCCUUGCAAUGCAUCAAGGAACUUUCUGUGUUUCAAAAUGGAAGGCUUUUGGCAAAGAUGUGUGCCGAUACUCACAUUAUUUUCAAGUAAUGCAUAAUCAAUUGUGUAAGUUUAGAUAUAUAGUUUAGAUAUUUUUUAUAAUCACACAUUUUUGUAAGAUAUUUUCAGGGUUGUUAUAUAAUAUGCGAUAUCAGGGAUCAAUAUUAUUUUAUUGAUGUCCGAAUUUAAGCUAAUGCACGCAUUUCUUGUAAGAUAUUUUCAGGGUUGUUAUAUAAUAUGCGAUAUCAGGGAUCAAUAUUAUUUUAUUGAUGUCCGAAUUUAAGCUAAUGCACGCAUUUCUUGUAAAAUAUUUUCAGGGUUGUUAUAUAAUAUGCGAUAUCAGGGAUCAAUAUUAUUUUAUUGACGUCCGACUUUUAGCUAAUGCACGCUUUUCUUGUAAAACAUUUUCAGGGUUGUGUUAUAUGAUACGGGAUCAGGGAUCAGAAAUAUUGUAUUAGGAUCAGGGUUCAGCAUUUUAACUACUUGGUCAUUUAGUUGUUCCAAACAUUUUCAUUGUAGUAUUGUAUUACCUGUCCAUCGAUAACCAAGAGGUUAUAUGCAUUAUAUUAUAUUAAUCUUUUUUUUGACCAAGUUUUAAAUUUGUAUUAAUUACUCCGAGUCAAAAAUAAAAGUUUUAUCUAUGCAUUUGAAUGUCGUAUUUGCGUUCACAACAAUCCAGUUUCGAAUUCUCCAAUGCUCUGUGUUAGCCUCAUUUGUGCGCA